CCUGAUUCCUUCAGUUUAAGCAAAUGGCGUCGGACGGAUGGGUAUUGUUGCGUUGAAUUUCACAAAUCAUGAAUGAAUUCUAAAUACUGUCGCAUAUUUUUCAUGAAUCAAGGAUAUUGUUAGUUCUGUAUUCUGCAGCAAGGUACAUAUCAAACAUGAACGAAGUAAGUGGAGGAAAGCAAGACAUACCUAAUACCUCGAGCUGGGAAACUUUAUCUGGACAAUCGGUGCCUUCGUUGCCAACCAUACAUCAUCAUCAUCAGACACUACAGCAGGACACAAAUUCAACAGUAGCACAAGUCAUAGUUCCUACACCUGUAAAGCUCCAAACACCUAUAUUAACACCAGUGCAAACCAUAGCUGAUCAUUGUCCUCAACUCGGCCACAUACAACAAACGCCUUUGAUAACUCAAGGCACUAUUACACCACCAGGCAGCUUUCCGGAAUCCGAAUUAUCCUUGGAACUGCAGCAACAAGGUUGGAAGAAAUUUUGGAGCAAACGAGAAAAUCGACCAUAUUUUUGGAAUAAAUUAACUGGUGAAUCUCUGUGGGUAGUACCUUCCUUAAAACCGCAGUUUGAUCCGAUCACGGAUCCACUUGGAAUUUGCGGCGUACCUCCUCCACCUGGAAAUGGAGCGAUUCCACCUGGUACACCAGGUGGUACGUUGAAACGAAGAGCAUCGGAAGAUGGAGCUGUUCCACCAGCGAAAAAAUUUGUAUUAGCAGGUCCGUGGGAUCUGGAGAUACCUACAAAUGUUAUAAUAUAUGAGAGAGCACCGUCAAAUUUAUUGCACGUGCAUCCGGAAGCGGAAGCCCUGCGCUGUGCCUUAUUGGCAAAAUUACGGCAAUGUUAUCAAGAGUUAUGUCAUACUCGUGAGUGUAUAGAUGCACCAAAAGAUUCCUUCAACAGAUGGUUGAUGGAGCGAAAAGUCAUUGAUUGCGGCUCGGAUCCAUUGCUGCCAAGCCAAUGCUUCCCUGAGAUUUCAAUGUCUAUGUAUCGUGAGAUUAUGAACGAUAUACCCAUUAAAUUAGUAAAGCCCAAGUUCACGGGAGAUGCGAGGAAACAGCUGUCACGUUACGCCGAAGCCGCGAAGAAGAUGAUUGAAUCAAGGGCGGCGUCAUCCGAAAGUCGAAAAGUAGUCAAGUGGAAUGCGGAGGAUACUUUCCAAUGGCUGAGAAGAACAGUGGGUGCGACGUUCGACGAUUUUCAAGAUAGACUCGCCCAUCUGAAACGGCAAUGCCAGCCACAUCUCACAGAGACGGUUAAAGCUAGCGUUGAGGGUAUAUGCUUGAAAAUUUAUCACCUGUCAACGGAGUACGCGAAAAAGGUGAAAGAUAAGAACAAUCAGAUUCUCAAAGACAACGGUCUGGGAGACGUCAUACCGAUAGGAGGUCCUGCUAGUACGCAGAGGAAAGUUUGGUGUUACUCAGUGCAAUUUUCCCUCCCCCCACCGAGACUUCCGCAAGUGGAUUAUCUUCCCGAGCGUGAGCAAACAAUGCUGCGCUUUCAUGGUGAUACCAUGUGUAUUAACAAUACGCACCUUACUAAACUGGAACAUUUGUACAGAUACAACUGUUACGACGACAAGAAAUUCGAAAUGUUCUUACCGCGUGUUUGGUGCAUGCUAAAACGUUAUCAGACGUAUCUUGGAAUCAAUGAGGGCCAAGCGACACAAAUGGCUCUUCCUGUGACGGUUUUCGAAUGCCUUCAGAGAUCAUUCGGCGUUACGUUUGAAUGUUUUGCUUCGCCUCUAAAUUGUUACUUUCGGCAGUACUGCUCUUCUUUUGCCGAUACGGACUCGUACUUCGGAUCGAGAGGACCAUUUUUAGACUUUAGGCCAGUCAGCGGAUCAUUUCAGGCUAAUCCGCCCUACUGCGAGGAACUUAUGGAAGCAAUGGUCAAUCAUUUUGAGCGUCUUCUGUCUGACUCAGCGGAGCCUUUGUCGUUCGUGGUAUUUUUACCGGAGUGGCGAGAUCCAGCUCCUAACGCGCUCAUCAAACUUGAGGGCAGUCACUUCAAACGCAAGCAAGUAGUCGUACCUGCUAUGGAACACGAAUACAGACACGGAUUUCAACACAUUCUUCCAAAAGGUGAAGUGAAUAUCCGAGCGGUACACGGUACAUUAGUUGUAUGGUUACAAAAUCCAGCUGGCGCUGCGCGAUGGGGACCUACUGAAGAACGAGUGGAAGCUUUACUGGAGGCAUGGCGACCCGGUCGGGAACGAGAAAGGGAUAGGCAAGAACUUCUUUCUCCACCGAGGCAAACGCACCAACCGAUACCAUCAACGCCAGUACCUGUACCGACAACGCCAGCCACACCAACUAUGCCACCCAUACAGACACUACCCAGUCAUCCUAUAUAAUUGUUGAGUGAUUCUGAAAAAAAGAUACCACAUAUACAAAUAGUGUCCACGUUAGGAGAAUAUCUCCGUGAAUCUGAUUUAUACUUGUAAUAUAACUAGCUUUCUUGCUAAGGAAAUUUAUUUUGUAUUGUAGCAGAUAAUACAAAAUUUAAAUCGGAUAAAAAAAUGUAAAAAUGGAAAGAAAUGUUAGUUAAUUAUAUGCAGAGAAAUUAAACAAUAUAGGAAUAAUAUAUAGGAAUAAUCUAAACCUUACUUUAUAAACAGCAACACUUUUGCGCUGAUGAUAAAACCCCUCGACGACACGAAUGAACAUUUUUGGAAAGGAUUUCAUAGAAAUCAUGUAGUUUAGAUAGCUGAUGAUUGAUUAUUCGGCCUCUUCAUUCUAUACCAACAAAGGAAUGAAAGUUCUAUUGUUCACUUCAUUGAUAAAUAACAAAAUUAGUAUAAGGAUUAUAUUAGGAGACAUACUUAACGCAUAGGUACAAGAAGAAUUUACUUAUCAACACAGAAGCACACAUUACAGAAAGUCUAAACUUUGGAGUAGUGGUUAAUUGUUGCUGAUCAAUGUGUUAGACUUUGUGAUAUGUGAUGCUUUAAAUAUUAGAUAUACUUGCUAUGCAAGAUACAGAUUGAUACUAUUGAAAAUGUCAGAAAAUUAAAUUUACGGGAUUAACAAAUGUGCGGAUAUAUGUGUGUACGUGCGAGUGGAACUGGUUGCCUAUAAAUCUGCUUAUUUGUUUUCGAGAAGAAAACUUUUAUCAAAAACUAGCGAUAAAAUUACUUUAUCACAUUUUUAACCAUGACAAUCUUUUUCUUUUAUAUCCAAAAAAAGAAACAAGAGCUAAUUAUGCAUUUCAUAUUAAAUAACUCUUUGACCGUGCAAUAUUUUGUAUCAUUUUGUAAGUUAAAAGGGAUAUAUAAAUUAAACUUUCUACAGGAAAAAAGUACAUUCUUUUGGUUAAUAAAUAUGUACAUGUGCAUCGUGUAGAAAACAUAGUUAUGAUACAAUUAUGGUUUUGUCCUAUUUCUUUUUUUUAAAUAUACUUCAUGUAUUUUAUUAUAAAAAAAGAUUUUUUGAAAUUCUGCAAACAAUUAAAAACAUGUGAUGAAUUAUUACAAUCUGUUUCAAGCAUAUCUGUAUUAAAUAUUGCAUAUAUUUGAGAGAUAUAUCAAUAUCAGUUAGAAUUGGACACUUAUGGAAUAACAGGGCUAGAUGCACAUUCAUAAAUAAAUAUAUUACACAUGCAUUACUGAAUUAGAAAAUUGUGCUUAAGAUAGUUUCAAACAUGUUGGACAUUUCUCACUAAAAAAAAUUAAUAUUUACAUCUUAUAAAUUUUAUAUAUUUUUAUUAAAAUGCUAUGGGGUAUACUAGCGUAUACACGUGCAUACAUGUGUGCAUAUAGAUGCGCACAUGCGCAUGCGCGUACGUAUGUAUGGUUUUAUUUAGGCAUAAGGAUAUUUUUAUGCUUUAUAUUACUGAGAUAGUAAAUAAGACAAUACAUAAGAGUUAAAUAUAAGUUACGUUUUAUGAGAAUAUUGUUUAACAGGCAGUAUAUAUAGACAAUAUACGAUAGAAUUGCACUAUAACUUAGUAAAGUCUAAUAAAUUUUUAUUGUAAAUCUUUACAUUUAGAGAAAUUAUGUUUAACGAGUCUAAUGAGUUUAUAUGUUUAAUGAGUUUUAAAAAUUAUUUUUUAAACUAAAACUUAAUUUUAUGUAUCUGCACAAGUUUUUAAAAUAAUUAUAUUUAAGAAUGUAAGAUAAUUAUAUUGCUUUUUGCCAUAUCAUCAUAUGUUGCACAAUGAACAUUUGCAAUUUUUUAAAAGUUAAGAAUAUUUCUUUUUGUAAUUACCUCAUGCAUUCUAUUAAUGUCUGCUAUUAUUAGAUGGUAUCUAAUACAGUAUGCUUACUGUAUAAACAUAAAUAAUCCUUUAAGAUGCAACUCUGCAAAGUGUUAUGUUCUAAGAGAAACUUUAAAUAAAGUUAAGGGCGGAAAUUUAUACAACUUUAGAUAUAAGAGUAAUAUCCUUAGAACAGCAAUUGUGAAAGUGUAUGUUAUAUUUAAUGGAGCAAAAUUCACAAUAUACUUGCUAACAAUUUGUUAA